AUGGCAGACCACACCGGGCCGUCAUCCUCUUUUUCGUCGAUAGAGAACCAGGAGUUCGACGUUAUUAUUAUCGGAGGAGGUACAGCGGGCUUGGUCGUUGCCAAUCGUCUAACCGAAGAUGAAAACACACGUGUCUUGGUAAUUGAAGCAGGCGGUGAUAGAAAGAACGAUCCUCGCGUCUAUACACCCGGGCUGAUGUCCCAAUUAUAUGGCGAUCCAGAAGUGGACUGGGACUACGUGACACCUCCGCAGCCCGGUUUGAAAGGACGUCGGUUGGGCCAUGCUCGUGGUAAGAUGCUGGGUGGUUCGUCCGGUAUCAAUUUCGCAGCCCUUUUCUAUCCGGCCAAGGCAGACAUGGACGCGUGGGCAGCCCUGGGAAAUCCAGGCUGGGAAAGUGAAUCUGUGCAACCCUACCUCCGGAAAUUCCAUACUUAUCAUGCACCCACAAAUGCCACCACUGAUGUCGUGAAGCUCGACUAUCUCGACCAUUCUAUCCAAGGCACAGGUGGGCCAUUACAAGCUUCGUUUGGAGACAGCUACUCCCCUGGUAAUCAAGCCUGGAUGGAAGCGUUCCGUGCGCUCGGAUACGAAAUGAACAAUGACCCUAUAACCGGUCAAGCUAUUGGGGCCUUUACGAACAGCCAUACCGUGCACCCAGACACAAGAGAGCGAAGCUACUCGCGGACAGCUUACUAUGACGAUGAGACCGCCAAACGCCCGAAACUACAUGUUUUGGUGGAAGCCCUGGUGGAGAAGAUCCUUCUCGCCGGAUCGGACGGGUCUGUUGCUGCCACAGGUGUUCAGAUACGAACAAAGGACGGAGAGCAUCAUACCAUCACCGCUAAAGAUGAGGUUAUCUUGUCUGCUGGCGCAAUCAACUCACCACAGAUCCUCGAGCUUUCUGGGAUAGGACAAAGACAGCGCCUUGAAUCCCUGGGGAUUCCGGUCGUUAUCGAUAAUCCCAACGUUGGGGAGAACCUGCAAGACCAUCCGUCCUCGCAUAUCAGUUAUGAACUUGCCGAUGGAGUCAUGAGUGCCGAUGCGUUAGUUAACCCUGAGGUUGCAAAGCAACUUGUUGCAUUAUAUGAAUCAUCUCGUGCCGGUCCUCUUGGCGGUACCUGGCUCAGUGGCGCGUAUAUACCCUUUGUUGAUGCAGAUGGGCCUAUAAGCGACGAAAAGAUCAGAGAAUUGGUCAAUGCCCAUAUUGAUGGAAAGCGCUUAUCCCCAGGACUGAAGGAGCAAUACAAGCUUCUCUGUGAGCUCCUCAGGGACCCCAAACAGUCGUCUGGCGAAUACUUGUAUUUGCCAUUUCAAAUCAACAUGCGUGACGUGCUGUCACUUUCAGGUAUAAUGAAUAAUAAGGACAUUCCCGGCCAGUUCAUCACUAUCAUGAUGAUGUUGAAUCAUCCUUUCUCUCGCGGCCAUGUCCAUAUCGCCUCUGCCGACCCAACAGCGAAACCUAUCUUUGAUCUGCACUUACUUUCCCACCCACUAGACGUGGAGAUUCUAGGUCGACACACACAAUUCAUCGAAAAGAUUGUAUCGACUGAGCCUCUUGCUUCCUUACUCAAGAAAAACGGCCAGCGUAUCCCACCUGGUCGCUCUGCGCAUAGUCUCGAGGAUGCAAAAGACAUCGUUGCGGAUCGCGUCAUCACCCCUUUUCAUCCUUCAGGCACUUGUUCGAUGAUGCCACGGGAAAUUGGCGGUGUUGUCAAUGAACGUCUGGUUGUGCAUGGGACGCGUAAUUUGCGUGUCGUAGACGCAAGUAUCUUCCCACUGGAACCUUUAGGUAACAUUCAGAGUGUCGUGUAUCUCGUUGCCGAGAAGGCAUCUGAUAUCAUCAAAGAAGACAGAAAGGAAUGA